GAGGAAAAAAACCUAAGGCAGAGAGAGCGCAAAAUAAGCACGGCCAUGCCGAUUCUGCACGGCCAAUGCUGAAAACAAGGCCGGUGACGGUCACUGCAGCUGCACAAUGUUUGCAUUGUUUAGAGAAUAUGUACUUCCGGUAAAAUAGUGUAAGAGUGCCAGAACAGCUGAAGAUGAAGGGCCGCCAUGUUGCACCAGGAACUUUUCAUGUUAAACCUUAAUCCAACUCGGGAGUGAUUUAUUUUUUUGUUUUCGGGAGGGCAGGAGAAGCAUAGGGUCUUUAAGCAAUUGACGGGGAAAAAGAUCGCAAGUUUCAAUGAACUGUCAUUUGCAAAGCGAAAGAGCACGGGAUCUGAAGGCAAUCAGAAGGAAGCUUAAGGUGGGAGAUCAGGAAAGAUGGAUCGUGUCUGUGAAUAUAAAUUGACAGUGGGUAGCAUUUUGCCCUUUGAUAAUUCACAACAACUUUCAAAUUCACUGGGUUUCAAUAUUUCUGAGGACAAUGGUCCAAACAGCAGGACUGGUCAGAGUAUUUGUGCAAGAGAAAGCUGCAAUCUGCAGGAUGGAAGUGGUGUUCAGCAGUCCACUGAUUCACGGGAUGAAGCAAAACCUGCAUUUAAUGGCCAUGCAUCUGUACGAUCCUAUAUUCCUUUGCGCAAACUUCAAGAUUUAGCUUCCAUGAUUCCUAGUGGAUUCUCUGGUGAAUCUCCAGAGAUAAAACAAUGGUCAGAGUCCCUUGAGAACUCGCCAAUUCAGGACUGUUGCACAAUUAGCAAAGACAGUGACACUGGUACAGAGCCUGAAAUUACACAGAAUGCUUCACCGGAACUGAAGUUAAAAAUAACUAAAAUGGUUAUGAAUGGAACAAUGAUGUUUGAAUCGUCCAUCUGUAGUGAGGUGGAUAAAGAAGGUGCAAAGGAUUCUGAAGAACAACUUGCAAUCAUCAAAGAUGUUGAACUACCAAUGUUGCACAGAGCAAAAAGAAUGAGAAAGAAAAGUGUUAAAUACAGUCCUUCUCAUGAAUCUGAACAGCAAGAAGACAAUGCAAUGAUUUUGUCUCCAUCUUCAUUAGAAGGAAGAAAGAAUUUUACUGGAAGGCGAAGAAAAGUGAUUCCUGUGAAGUAUGUGAUUGGAGAUUUGGUAUGGGUGAAGUUCAGUAGACGUCCUUGGUGGCCCAGUGCUGUCUGUCUUGAUCCUCUGCUGAAGAUUCACACCAAGAUGAAGGAUCCGAGCAGAAGGCCUUGUCGACAGUAUCACGUUCAGUUUUUGGGCAUCUUUACAGAGCAUGCAUGGGUUGCUUCGGCAAUGGUUGAGCCAUUCGAAGGAAGACAUCAGUAUGACCUGCUGGUGCAAAGGAGUGCCAAAAAAGCAGAAAGUGAUGCACAGAGAAAUAAGGUUUCUGUUAAACUCCAUGCUCGAUGGGAAGCUGGUGUUGAUCAGGCAGAAGAAGCACUUUCAAUGUCUCUUGAAGACAGGAUAUCUAAAUAUUGUCUGAUUGGUGAAGCAAGCUUACUCCAAAUGGCUGCAAAAGAAACAUUUGAUAUUCAGUACAGUUCAAAGUCCAAGGUGCUACAUUCUUCAGCAGUCUCUAACAGUCAAUCCAAAGGAUCUGAAAACUGUUUCUCGACAUAUACAAAUAGGGAAAUCAAGAUGAGUAAAAAAUCCUCAAAUACUAGAUGUCCUUCUGACUGUAAAAUCAGAAAAGGAACGAAAAACAAGCUUUUAAAAUCCAAAGUUCACAUUAAAGAAUCAAAUUUGUGUGCAAAUAAUACAAGAAAUGAUAUCCCAGUCAAUUCAGCUAAUUUUUUAAAUGGCUUUGUAGAACAGUCAACUGAGAUGGUCUUGGGCACAACUCCAAAAUUGAAUUGUGUUGAAAAUUCAUCAAUCCAUAAUAAUAUAAGUACAUCCGAGAUUGUUUCGGCUGCAACUGCAGUAUUAAACUGGUCAGAUGAAGGAAUUCCUAGGGAGCCAUUUAAUGUAGAAAAUGGUACAACUUCAAUUGAACACAAGGCAAAAACUAAAUCUGAACAUUAUAGUGUCUGUAAUGGGACUGGAACACAAUUUGAAGCCACUCGCCAGAAUACACAGUUAGGUACACAGGAUACAGAUCAUUGUAUACAGCAGAUGGAUGAGCUGGUUCUCACCCACAAUGUUGAAGAGAAAGCUGAACCAAAAGUAUGGAAAAGAAUGGAACCUGCACAGUCCAGUAUUACCGAACUAAAACAGAUCUUUCCAUUAGGCAAGCGUCAAAGGAAACCCAGUAAAAAACUGUUGGAAUCGACAGAAGAUUAUGGACAAUUGUUUAUUCCAAAAAAGAAACUGAAACCUCCCUUUCACCAGGGCACAUCACACUGUUUAGGAAAAACUCGUCAAACGGAAACACAGGACUUUAGAAGCUGCCAGAAUGAAUCAAAAAGACAACAAUGUAAAAAGAAUUUGACUCACCCCGAGAAAUCCUCUACUCCGAAGACAACUCCAUCUAAACUUGUAGCAGAUUCAGUCUUGUCACAAUCUAUUCAUUGUCAAGCUUUGCCCACACCUGUGGCAGCCCAAGAUGUUUCACAACUUGUUCUCUCUACGUCAGCAGUAAAACCAACUCCAUUGAAACCUAUGCUGAAACAAUGCACUGGCGCUGAGGGUGCGCAGUCGGUGCCUGGCGCUGAGGGUGCGCAGUCGGUGCCUGGCGGUGAGGGUGUGCGGCCCAUUCCUAUGGUACAGAUCUCCCAGACCAGGCAUGUUACAGACCUUCAGUCCAGAAAUGAAUUAGGAAAAUCCAAGACCACAUCAGGAAUGGAGUCAUUGCAGUCCAUUCCUAAGAGGGAACAAUCACAGGUCAUUCCUGCAGAUGAUUUAUUCCAGUCCACGCCAGUAGGAGAACAACACCAUUGCACUGUUGUGGAAGCAGGGUGCCUGCCUGUUUCUACAGCAAAUCCGUCACCUUCCCAUACUGCGGAAUAUCAGUCCCAGUCUUUAUUAGAAAAGGAACUGUUCCAGUCUUCAUCUGCAAACGAGGGCUCAUCUAUUCCAGCCACAGAAUAUCUCCAGUCCUUGCCAGUAGAGCAACCUGCUCCCUCAACUGCUCCACCACAAGCAGAUUCACAAGAAUGUAAAAAAAAUACUCCUCUACAGAAGCGAUGGCAUCGUAGAACCAAUCUGCAUACUCCAGCACCACUUGAGGCUAAAUCAGAAGCAAUACUUACACAACUGACCUCUUCACCUGGAAAUGCUGAAGGAAAACGACAGAGAAAGCCUACUAAGAAGCUGUUGGAAUCAACAGAAGAUUUUGAUCAGCUGUUUAUUCCAAAGAAGAAAUUUAAACGGAGCCUUCAUUCAUUUAAGCCUUCUCAGCACUCUGAAGCCAGAAGUACAAAGAAUGUUCAAACAAUGGUAAAUAGUCCUGUACCACAGUCUUUGAAGUGUUGUUUAGGUGAAAACAGUAUCUCAAGCAGAAGAACGGUUUGUAAAAAUGAAAAGAAGUCACAAAUCUCAUCUUCCAAUAAGGACCAAAUUCAACUCAGAUCUGGAAGUGAAAAAAAGAAUGAUAAUCAGCUAGACUCUGCUGAUGAAAAUGACCUGGAUGGACUUCUUUCAACAUCAAGGAAAUCACAAGUGGAACGUGGUGGAGGGGCAGCAAAAAAGGAAAAUGUUUGUCAGCUAUGUGAGAAACCUGGGGAGCUACUGCUUUGUGAGGGACAGUGCUGUGGUGCCUUCCACUUAACGUGCCUAGGUUUAAGCAAAAUGCCCGAAGGAAAAUUUAUGUGCAGUGAAUGUACUACAGGUAUUCAUACUUGCUUUGUAUGUAAAGAAAAUGAGAAAGAUGUGAAGCGAUGUCUUAUGCCACUCUGUGGGAAGUUUUAUCACUUGGACUGCAUUAAGAAGUACUCCCCUACUGUACUGCAGAACAAAGGAUUCAGAUGCUCAAUCCAUGUUUGUCUAUCUUGUUAUGCCUGCAACCCUUCCAAUCCAAGAGCAACAAAAGGUCGAAUGAUGCGCUGUGUACGGUGUCCUGUCGCUUAUCAUGCUAGUGAUAAUUGUCUGGCAGCUGGAUGUGUGGUCCUGGCUUCAAACAGUAUCAUCUGUACUAACCACUUUACUGCAAGGAGGGGUUGCAGACAUCAUGGCCAUGUCAAUGUCAGCUGGUGCUUUGUGUGUUCUGAAGGUGGCAGCUUGCUCUGCUGUGAGUCAUGUCCUGCUGCAUUUCACCGUGAGUGCCUGAACAUUGAGAUGCCUAAAGGAAAAUGGUACUGUAAUGACUGUAAAGCUGGAAAAAAGCCGCACUACAAGGACAUCAUCUGGGUAAAACUUGGUCGAUACAGAUGGUGGCCUGCUGAAAUUUGUCAUCCCAAAAACGUACCUGUAAAUAUCCAAAAGAUGAAACAUGAAAUUGGCGAGUUUCCUGUCCGCUUCUUUGGAUCCAAUGACUACUUCUGGACCUACCAGGCACGAGUGUUUUCGUAUAUGGAAGGGGACAAAGGGAACAAAGACAAAAAAUGCAAAGGUCUUAACACCAUUUUUAAAAAAGCACUACAAGAAGCGGCAGAAAGAUUUGAGGAGUUGAAAGCUCAAAGAGAGACGAGACAGGCGCAGGAAGACAAACGGAAUGAGAAAAAACCACCACCAUACAAACAUAUAAAGGUAAACAAGGCCGUGGGUAAAGCUCAGAUCUACACUGCUGAUCUCUCUGAGAUUCCAAGAUGUAAUUGUAAGCCAACUGAUGAGAAUCCCUGUGGGGUAGACUCUGAAUGCCUGAACAGAAUGUUAAUGUAUGAAUGCCAUCCAGCUGUAUGUCCUGCAGGAGAAAAAUGUCAAAACCAGUGCUUCACCAAGCGGCAGUAUCCUGAAGUGGAAAUUUUAAGAACUCCAGGGAGAGGAUGGGGUUUACUUGCAAAAUAUAAUAUUAAGAAGGGACAAUUUGUGAAUGAAUAUGUUGGUGAGGUGAUAGAUGAAGAGGAGUGUUAUGCUCGAAUCAAAUAUGCACAGGAACAUGACAUCACCAACUUCUACAUGCUAACUCUUGACAAGGAUCGUAUAAUUGAUGCAGGCCCAAAAGGAAAUUAUUCACGCUUCAUGAAUCACAGCUGCAAGCCAAACUGUGAGACACAGAAGUGGACAGUGAAUGGUGACACUAGAGUUGGACUGUUUGCUUUGUGUGAUAUUGCUGUUGGAUCUGAGCUAACGUUUAAUUAUCACUUGGAAUGUUUGGGCACUGGAAAGACAGUAUGUAAAUGUGGAGCUCCAAACUGCAGUGGCUAUUUAGGCGUGCAGCCUAAGAAUAUACCAAGCUCCGCAGAUGAAAAGAAGGUAAAGAAAAGGCAAAUGCCUCCAAGAAAGCGCAAACAGCAGUCUGAAAUAGUGAGAGAUCAUGAGGAAGAAUGUUUCCGUUGUGGAGAUGGUGGGCAACUGGUCAUCUGCAAGAAGCCUGGAUGUCCUAAGGUGUACCAUGCAGAUUGUCUGGUCUUGAGUAAGCGCCCUGCUGGUAAAUGGGAAUGUCCGUGGCAUCAGUGCGACGUGUGUGGGAAAGAGGCAGUUUCUUUCUGUGAGCUGUGCCCCAGUUCUUUCUGCACGGAUCAUAGGGACGGAGCACUAUUCAUCUCCAAACUAGAUGGCCGACUUAGCUGUAAUGAACAUGAUCCAUGUGGCCCAGUUCCUUUGGAACCAGGAGAAAUUAGAGAGAUUAUGCCACCACCUAACAGCCAUCUAUUACAGACUUUACAGUCAUCAGAAUCACUGUAUGUUCGGUGAAUGGAGUACCCAUUUAUGCAGUCCUUCUUGCUGGAGUGUGCAUUUGUGCCAGUGUACACAUAUGGAUGGAGUCAGUUUAGUUGGCAGAUGCAAGAUGCAUAAUUCCAUUAGCUAUAGGUUACUUGUACUGAGUUAAAUGAACUUGGACAAUGUAAAAUUAAACCACAUGUUCACCUUCCUAAUAUCCUCAGAACAAUUAUACUUGGAUUUAUACCUGGGACAUAAAACGGGCAUACUCAGGUCAAACAAGAAUUUUGGUUAAACCAACAGCAAGGCCAGUUAUUUUUUUGACCCCAGUGAACCUAGUUAUGUGUAGCUUUUUAAUGUGAUGUACUAUAAUGCUCACUUAACAUAGGAUCAGGAAAUUCAUCUAGCAUGUUUUUGAAUUGUAUGCUUAUUCUAGUUCCAUACCUAGAAGUAGGUGAUCACUGAAAGCAGUAGUUGCCAUGUGCUGUAAUCAAUGCAUCUUGUGGACUAGUAAAUUUGAUUAAUUGAUUAAAUCUGCUUUCUCCUAGCACUUGUUCAACAAUGACAUCAUAGUAACACUUCAUUUAAAUUGAUAAAUGAAAAUCAUUAUCUGUCACUCAAGUUUGUUGCCCGGGAAGUGGAUGGUACAAAGUUAGGGGGCAUUUUUAUUUCACUUCAAGAAUCAAGUUCAAAUCUAUUUCAUUUCAGAAGAACGAAAUUCUCCAUGUCUUGUUCAGAACAAGGGUUUAGAACUUUGUCCAAUCUAUUCUGGAAAGUAGUCAUGAAACUAGCUUAGAUGCAGGAAGCAAAGUUCUAUUUCAACCUGUGCAGAAUUAGCAUUUACCAAUCAAGAUCCAAGUUUAAAUUGUCUCUGAAUCCAGCACUAAAUCUUGAUCAUAUUGCUCACUGAAUUGAACUUAUUGCUGAUGGAACAAUAAAGUUGGGUAUACUGUUUUGAAUUUUCCCUGGAUAAUACCAAGCCUCAGUGUAACAAAAAAAACCAAGAAAAUUGUAUGAGUGUGUUUGGUCCUCAUUGUGAGCAUACAUUUACAAAAUAAAUAUUAAAGCAGAAGUUAUUUUUUUAAGCAUUGGUGGAAAGUUUAGCUGAGCUACAACAUGCUGACAAAAAUCACAGCCUUGGUGUUCAAAUAACAUCACCUGUUUGCUGAGGUGAUAUUUCUUUGCCAGUUUCAUGCUAAAUGUCUGGUGUAUUUUACUGAGAUGUGGUGUCUCUGCCAACUUCAGUCAACCUAGGCAGUCGAUGGUGAAGGCAGAUGUAACUGGAGAAUUUUGCUGUCAGCAUUUUGAAGUGUUAAGUUUUAAAGUAUCCAACAGCAACUUAAUUCUUUUUUUUGAACUUUAUUUAAAAAUUUAGAUUAAGAUGAUUCAGUAUUUAAAGAAGUUCAUAUUUUAUGAAAAUAUAGCUACGUUCUAUUCACAUGCUUCUUCUCCUGGAAGUAAGAUACAAAGUUGGGAAAAAAUUGCCAGUAUCCCUUUAACAAAAGGAAAUAUAUCUAAAUUGCUAAUAAAAAAAAAAAUUGGGUAUUAAGAGCAGUUCCAAGUCAAAAUCAUUUUGUUUGUUGAGCAGUCUUUCCUAAGUGAACGUGAAUGCCAUUCAAACUUUUGACUGGUCUUGCUUUUUCAUUUGAAAUUGCUGUGCAAUUAGAUAUUUUGAUUGUAAAUCAUAAGGUCGUUCAAAAUAAUAGUUUGUCUUUCAUAUUUUGCAGCAUUGUGUAAACUUGUAUUUAUUCUAAAUUUCCACAAUCCUAAGGAGACUGAUUCUCAGGAGUGCGGGAAUGCGUACAUGAUUGCUAUUACAUUAAUUUACCUCCCUGCAGAACAUUUAAUUAUCAGGAAUUGUCUCUGGACAUGAGAGACAUAGUCCUGAGAUUUAACCAUUCCACAAGUCAGUGCUCAUGCUAACCCUGUAAAUUAGAGUAAGCUAAUGACAUAAUGUAGUGGAUUAGAUGCCUUUGAAAGUAAAUUUCAAAUGUUUUCUAGUCUGAAGGAUGAAUAUCUUUUCUACCAACUGAAUGUUAUACAGCUUACAUGGGUUGAGCUUUGGAUAUCUCAUUUGUACUCUGACUUAUUAUUCCCCAUACCUUUAUACAGCACAAGGUGUCUGUUACUUUGAGGCUAAGAUUAAAAAUAAUGUUAUAGUGAUGAAAUAAAUAUUCCUGAGUUUUGAACUGUAGGAUAUCGGAUAUUGCAACAGCUAUUCUGCAACUAAUCAACUCGACCAGGAAAUCAUCAGUGCAUGCUCCCCAGUAUAGGAAAUGUCACAUUCCUUGGCACUUUCUGAUGAAUACAACAGUAACUAAUAAUUUCCACUGUACUUAAAUUAGUCCAAAUGCAAAAUGGCUUGUUUAUUGGUGGAUAUGUGUUCAGGUUUUUAUUAAAGCUCAAGGAAAUAAUUUAGCAUUCAGUCCUCAGUGCAGCAGUAAUUGUAAUUCUUUUUUUUUCUUAUGAGCAUCCUUCAAAGACAGUUGGAUGUUAUAUGUUACGGAUGGUCUUGACUGGAAGAAUGGUCACCCAACUAAAAUAAGCUUUAUAUAUUCUACCAGUGAAAUGCUUGCCCCUAGUGUUUGGUAUUGUCCUGAGUAUUUCUUUAUAGCUUUUCUACAUUUCUCUUGGAUAUAUUAGUUAGCAUUGGGGAAUAGUGAAAUUACUCACCAAAUAAUAGUUGCAAACUAUCUUGCAUUAAAGAUGCCAAUUAAAAAUUUAAGUUAAGAUGUUCUAAAUUUUGAACCCAGAUCAAUUUGGAGAUGUACUUUAGUUCCAAAAGUGAUAUUGCUCAUCAGUUCUUUUAAGAAGUUUCUGUCAUUAAUAUUGUAUACUUUCUGCUUUGGUUAUCACUUAAAUUUAAUUACAAAUGCCACAAUUACACAUUGAUCUCGAAUCCACAGCCAACAAGAAGCAAUGGAAUAUUUUGUCAAAACACUUUGUCUUAUUAAUUCCUUUCUAAAGAAACCCUGUUUCCAUGAUUUAAUCCAUAAAUUGCCUGACAAAUUGUGGUGAUAAUCAUGAGCCUCAUGUAAAUUGAAAUCAAGCAAAAACCACAAGUUUAUAAAGAUGGAUAAAAUUUUUAUCCCAAUUCAGCUCUUAUUGUAAAAAUUUGUAUGCAAUGAAGUUGCCACUACUCCAAUAUUUAACAAAGGGUUUAUGUUCCAAAAGAACCCUUUAUGAAAACUACUGCUAGAGUUGACCCAUAAAUUCUUAUUAAGAGAUACCAGCUGCUGUGGUAGUGGUAAGACACCAUGGCAGCUGAUGCAAUAAAUCAAAACCAAACUUUGAUGUUCUGAAAUAUACAAUUCAUUCAAUGACUGGUCAUUGUCAGAUGGAAGAGAACAGGUGCUUGUUUCUCCCCCUUCAUUUUAAGUAGUUUCUCUAUUGACAAGCUUUCAACUGACCAAUCAAAAAGGCUUAAAUGUUACUAUUCAUAUGGAGCUAUUUUCAUGACAGCCUCCAAAUGCAUUCCCUUUCCUUCAUUGUAUCCAAUUAAACCUUUGUUAAGGAAAUAGUAAAGAACUUUGAGGCAAUGAUUACAUAUAAUAUGUACAUAUUUUUAAAAAGCCUAUACGUCAACUGCACCCCAAGCUAUUUGAUGACAUGAUGUUAUAAAUUUCAGUGUUUAAGUUGGGAUAUACUGUUGCACCUUGUUCAAAUACAUCAUGCAGUGACUCUCUAAAGAUCCAAGUGGCUUAUCUGUAUGUUGAUUGGUAUCCCAGAUAAUUAUGUAAUGCCAUUAUUUCAGCCAAAUAGUGUAAUUCAUGUUAAUAAUUAACAGUUCUUUGUCCGAGACCUAAAUAGCUACACUGAAAUGGAAAGUAAAGACAACAAAUUGUAAGCAAGAGAACCCCCUUGAAAUGUUAUUUCUAUAUGUAACCAAUGGAUUGAUUUCCAUUUAAAUGGCUUAAGGACUGAUUCUGGUUAUGUUGGCUAUCUGAGAAACAGUUGGAAACCUGUAAUUUUUAUACAUUGGAAGUUCCAUUUAUAUUUUGAAACCCAUUUCAUGGUAAUAUUAUUAGUGGAAAAUAAUUUAGUUCUUUGUUAAUGGAAUUGUGAACUUUGUACUGUCUGAAUUGUCAUUUCUUAAGAUGUAUUAGCAUUUUCAUACUGAACUGAAUCAAAUCUCUUUUGGCCGCCUUAAGCACUGAAUGCUAAAACUAUUAUACAUAAUAUGUUUGAGUCUCUCAGUGUUAGUAAUAAUUUGAAUUUAUUAGGCAAAUAUUAACAGGAAUCUUGUAUAGAAAAGAAAAAUUAUAAUCAAUUAUAUUGCAAUUAUUUAAAGCAGGUAAUCUGGAUCCAUACACCAGGGGUCUUAAAAAGAUGACAUAAUUUUAAAACAUUGCUACACUUGUCAAUAAAUGUUCAUGUGAUUUAGAUGUACUUGUGCAUCAUCUUUAUGUAAAUGAUGCUUAAAUCAAGGAUUUUCUCCCCCUAUGUUUCUUCAAUUUUAUUAAGUCUGCAAAACAGUUCUUGCUUAUAAUGUGUAAAGGAUAUAUCAAGUAUGACAAUUGCAGUAUAUACUGUAUGACGUAGUUUAUUCUUUUGUCUACACUGGGUCUAUUGAUUGCAACAGAAAAGUGCAAUUAAAGAGUGCUUCCUCAGAAGAGGGCAAGUAAAUUUUAUUCAGGGUUCUAGAUUCUGGUUACUGAAAAGUGAGGGUAUAUUAAGAUUAGGAUAAGACUUGGAUAUUAACGCCUUGCAUUAAAAACAACACUGCCAGUACCCGCUUCUUGGUUGGGAAUGACCAUUGUGUGAAUAUAGGACAACUGAGACAAACUAAUUUAGUCACAAAAUGCUGGAAGAACUCAGCAGGCCAGACAGCAUCUAUGGGAGGAGAUAGUGACGACGUUUCGGGCCGAAACUCUUCAUCAGGAGAGUAUGGGAGGAGGUAGUGACGAAGUGUUGUCCCAAAACGUCUUCACUACCUCCGCCCAUAGAUGAUGUCUGGCCUGCUGAGUCCUGCCAGCAUUUUGUGUUUUUAUUUAUUUCCAGCAUCUGCAGAUUCACUCGUGCAAACUAAUUUAGUGUUGGCCUUAAAUCAAUUAUGAUGAGAAGUAUUCAAACAAAAAUAUUCUGCAUUCCUUUCUUCAGUUGCUGCCUGAGUUAGCCGUUCCGAUGUGUAAUUUUAAGUUUGCACCUGCAAUAUUUGGCUUUUUGUUUUCGAGUUCAUUCCCAUUUACACUGAGAUGUCCCAUUCACUAACUUUCACAUUUUCACUAUCCAGUUGGUCUUAUUAUUUAUUGCUUUUUUUUCUUAGUGCUUUAAACUUUCAUACUUCCUAAGUGUUAUAAUAUCCUCACUGUUGGAGACAGUUCCUCCAAUUUAUUUUUAUUUAUGCAAGUAAUUAUUAUUCACUAUUAAACCUGACAUUCCAAUAUUUGUAAGCACACUAAGUGGAGUCCUUCUCUGUUCCUGUUCUGAAUUGAUAUUCUCACACAGCCAUUUGCAACAGAAGCUGCAAAAAAAAGAGAAUCCAGCAUUCUUUUAACUCAGGGAAAGGGGGUACUUUGAGACUUCCUAAUCCAAUAAUAGAACAUUGUUUAUAUAAAAUGAUGCUCCUAUUUCCUUCAGUGCACUGAACCACCUUGAUUCAAUGCUUGAGCUCCUAGGUGACAGUCAAAUGAAAAUCAAUUUGGUCCUCCCUGUUCUAAUUUCUUUCUCAGAAAUAGAGAAAUCAAGAAAUUAACAUUGUCAGUUUCACGUGGAAGUGCAUCUUAAUGUACAGUUGCAUUUGACUCUGAAAGGUAAAAUAAAACAUAGUUCACAUGAUAGAAUUUCCUUUCUAUUUUGAAAAGAGGGAAUGUUACAGUUGUAUGCUCAAUGAGUUUGAGCAGGUUUAAAACAGGAAUUGAACAAUUGUAAUUUAUUUUCAAAAUGCUAGUGUAGGUUAGUGAAGUACAGAGUUAAUAACAUAGCUACGCAAAAUUUUAUUUACAGUGAAUAAGCAUUAUUAUGUUUUUGCUUUCAAUGGCUUUCCAAAUAACAAGGUCAAUCACUUUAGGCAGUUAUGGGGAAGAAUAAUAAAUGAAAAUAUAAUAAUGGAAAAGAUGGUUUCCAUGAGAUCUAUUAAAGAUGCAAUUAAAAGGAACAUUAUAGUUUAUAGAGUUUACAGAGAACCAAUGUAUUUAUAUCUUAGUAUUAUUUUGGCAGAUUUAAAAUCUACUGUGAAGGUAGAUUUUACAUUAAUCAGAAUCUGAUGGAGUACACACGAUCAUUUUAGCAAAAAAAAAUUUGUUUGAUUCUUCCUCCCAGAAUACCAACUCUAUUCAUUUCUCAUCAUGCCAUCAAGCUUUUCAUACAUUAGCAUUGGCACCACCAUGGCUUCCUGUAAGAUGCUCUGGUGAUAACCAUUAGAAUCCAAAGAUAUGAGGUAAAUAUAUUGUAAUUAAUAACUGAAAAUAGAUCCUCUUCCCCCCCACCACAAGUUACUUUUACCCUAAGCAAACUUGAGGUAUCGAAAUAUAUAUGCCAUAUUUCUAAUUCACAUACAAAUAUCAACCUAAGAAUCUAAUCACCUGUUAUUCUAGUAAGAGAGUAGGCACUUCUAAUGAAAUGUUUUGUUUCUGCAUUAGUGAAAUUAAGAUGCUCUUAGUUUUAUGGGCACAAAGCACUCUGUGAGAUGUCUGAGUAACAGGAACAAAAAUUUAACUAAAAUGAAUGGAUUUUCUUUUUAAAUAAAUACUUUAACAUUGUGAUGCCAACCUUUUAUGGAGUGUAAUAAGCUAAAUGUCAAGGACAAGACUUUUUGAAAUAAUGUGAUUAUUAAACUGCAUAGACAUGGGAUGAUCUAUUUUAAUAAGUCUGAUACAUAGUUUAUUAUUGGUUUCAUGAAUUCAAAGAUCAUAUGGAUUAGUUCACAUCUAAAUAUUUACUUAAUGUUGCUUUGUUAGUGGUCCAAUGUUGUGAAAGACUAACAGAUUAUAAAUUAAAUUAGUUGACAGGAUUUUGUACUACAAUCGGUACUGUAAGUGAUUUUUUUUGAGUUGUGCCUAGUUUCACAAUGGUGCAAGCCACCACUCCUGAGAUUUCAAAUGAGAAAAUCUGCAGAUGUUGAAAUUCAAGCAAUACACACAAAAUGCUGGAGGAACUCAGCAGGCCAGGCAGCAUCUAUGGAAAAAGUACAGUCGACAUUCUGGGCCAAGACCCUUUAGCAGAACCUGCCCGAAAUGUCGAUUGUACCUCUUUUUUCCAUAGAUGCUGCUUGACCUGCUGAGUUCCUCCAGCAUUUUGGGUGUGUUGCCUCUGAGACCUGCAAUUUCCUAUUUGUUGUAUAUCAAAUGAAAGCAAAAAAAAAAUCAUUUCAGGAACUCUGCCAACUGAUUUGUUAGGUCAAGCUCAUCCCAAACUCGCAUUAUCAGUUUUUUGCAAACAUGAAAUUUUAAAAUGUUUGAACUAUUUGCAUUUGGUUCAGAAGCUUUUAUGAAUAUGAUCCAUAUGGUGAGGAUAGUCAACUAUUUGAAGCAAAAUUGAGUUUCACAAGUUUAAUUGAAGUUGAAAUAUAUAUUUUGCCUUUAAGGGAAUUCACUAGAGUAUAAAUCGUGGAAUGGGGGAAAGGCAACAUCAGCUUUUGGCUAUCGCUGAACAGGUUUUUAAUUGAACAUAAAGUUAUGAAUAUAUUAGUAUAAUAUUACUUUUGGUGAUAUUGCAGAUGCUAUUUUGGAAUAGGAUUGUUAUAUUUUAUAAAAAAAACACAUUUACUGUCUCAUCAUUAAUUAUGAGUGGAUUAAAUGCAGAUUAUAUUUGCUUUUAUUUGACUCGUGCAAACUAUUAUAAGAUGUUUUGCUCAGCUGUUCACAUGAAUUCUGCCUAAUUGACUUUUUUUAAAAUGAUGAAACUUAAUUUGUUUUUAAAAAACUAGAACAUUUAGAUUUGAAUGGGCAAUAGCCAACGCCCUUGCCCUGAUCACUAUCCAUUGAUGCAUGCUAUAAGGUAUGUUUUGUGUGUUUGAGAGAGAGAGAGGGGACAUUUUUAAGUGGCUUUUUAAAGAAUGGACAAGUUUUCAAAGAGAGCAUUCAUAGUUUUGCACCCAAACAAAGAAAGUAGCAAAGAGAAAGGAAUGGAGAAAACCUCUAUCUGAUUGAUAUCUAGCAUUGUAUGGAGUUGAAUUUGAGAUAGCUUUAGUUUUAGGCAUAUUGUGCUUUCUUUCAAAGUUGUGAACAAGAAUAAAUUGCAACACUUCCAGUGGUAGCCAAGUGAUUUUACUGCAAGAUACUGUCAUAGACUGCAGAUAAUCUUAAUGUAAUUCAGUGACUUGAAAAGUAAUUACUAUGGGAAGCUGAAAUACUUAAAAGUAUUUAUGAAUUUUGAUGAACUGUAAUGAGGAUUAUUUGUAUAAUGGGGAAUAUCUGGUCAGUAUUACUGGAAUUUGUAAUAUGCAAAUUUCAGUUUUAAGUAAACAAUUUCUAACUUUCCUGCCUUUGACUAGAACUGGUGCAUUGACUGCUCAUAACAUCUCUUGAGAUGUUGGUAGCUGCUGUCUGAAGAUUUUAAAGCACUAGUUACAAGCAAAAAGCCACAGUUGUACAUUUAGCCUCACUGAAGAGGAAUUGCAUAAUGCCAUAGAAGCUUGAGACAUUAUCAGAUCAGUCAUUGAAAAUAUUGGGAGCCAACUCAAGUAUAAAUUACUGUUUGAUUUAACAUCUUGGCUGUGAUUGUUAAAACUAUUUUGGCCAUUUGAAUAUACUGUAGUGGAAAUCUAAUAAAUAGUACUGUUCCAUAAGUUUUAUCUUUACAGGGUUACAUUGUAUAAUUCACUUCUGUUACACUUGGAAUUAUAUAGAACUUAGGAUAGAAGGGGGCGAAGUAAUUAUGAGGGCAUUAUUAAAUGAAAUAGGAUUUGUCAUUAUCUAUGGAUCAACAACCUACGCUGUUCAAAUAGCCCAUUAAUUGAUUAUAAAAUAAAUUGCACUGGACUUAAUGUGCUGGAUAUCGUAGACUAAUAAGGUCAUUUAACAACCUGAAGUACUGCCUGUUGGAAUGCAGUGUUUUUGAGCUGUAUUGUCUGCACAACUUGCUCUAUUGUUCUGGCUGUACAAUAAUUAAAGCUCAAUAUACAUUUAAUUGUUGCUUUAUUGUGACUGUAUGGCUCUGUAGUCAAAUUUUACACCCUGCCUUUAAGGCCUGUUUUAAAGGCCAACUGAUCUUUGGUGGCAAGCCUGUUUAUUAUUUUUUUCAUUUUGAUGUCUACCAGAAAUACAUUAAACCAAAUCAUGUUCCAUAGUGAGGGAUGUGUUCUGUGGUUAAAUAACUGUUCAUAAGCAAGGCUGUCCUGUGAAACAACCAAAAUAACAUAGAUCUUAUGUAUUUGUACAUGGUGAAAAUGCAGUCAGAGAAUAAAAGUUACAUUUACUGAAAUUUCAGAAGUUUGAUGCUAUUUGCUAUAUUCCUUUUUGACAAUUUUUUUUCACUUGUUAGAACUACAAGUUACUGUUGGACCUACUUUUGUCAGU